ACUAGGGGGGUGUUUUUUAUUUUUUAGGGGCUGUCAACAAUAAAAAAAAAAAAAACUUGCCGGGUGAAUGUGUGUGUGUACUGGGACGAGGAGCUACUCCACACUAAAACCCUUGUAGUCACCUUAACCUCCCCCCCUGCAGAAACACCUUCAUGUGAAUAACAAGAGGAGCCCCAAGGACCGAGAGGCAACCAUGUCCAAUCUCAGCAAAGGCGGCACCAAGAAGGACACCAAGAUGAGGAUACGGGCCUUUCCUAUGACGAUGGAUGAGAAGUAUGUCAACAACAUCUGGGACCUUCUGAAGAAUGCCAUCCAGGAGAUUCAGAGGAAGAACAACAGCGGGCUGAGCUUCGAGGAGCUGUACAGGAACGCCUACACGAUGGUGCUCCACAAACACGGAGAGAAGCUCUACACGGGCCUGCGGGAGGUCGUCACCGAACACCUCAUCAACAAAGUACGAGAAGAUGUCCUCAACUCUCUAAAUAAUAACUUCCUUCAAACCUUAAAUCAGGCGUGGAACGACCAUCAAACGGCGAUGGUGAUGAUCAGAGACAUCCUGAUGUACAUGGACCGGGUGUACGUUCAACAGAAUAACGUAGAGAAUGUCUACAACUUGGGUCUUAUAAUCUUUAGGGAUCAGGUCGUUCGCUACGGCUGUAUCAGAGACCACCUACGACAAACCCUGCUGGACAUGAUUGCACGUGAAAGGAAGGGGGAGGUGGUGGACAGAGGCGCCAUCAGAAAUGCUUGCCAAAUGUUAAUGAUCCUCGGCCUAGAAGGGAGAUCUGUUUACGAAGAAGACUUCGAGGCGCCUUUCUUAGAAAUGUCUGCAGAAUUUUUCCAGAUGGAGAGCCAAAAGUUCCUCGCAGAAAACAGUGCCAGCGUGUACAUAAAGAAGGUGGAAGCCAGGAUUAAUGAGGAGAUCGAGCGAGUGAUGCACUGCCUGGAUAAAUCCACAGAGGAACCCAUUGUCAAGGUGGUGGAAAGGGAGCUCAUCUCUAAACACAUGAAGACCAUCGUAGAGAUGGAGAACUCGGGUCUGGUACACAUGCUCAAGAAUGGCAAGACGGAUGAUUUGGCGUGUAUGUACAAGCUGUUUAGCCGGGUCCCCAAUGGGCUGAAGACCAUGUGCGAGUGUAUGAGCUCAUACCUGCGGGAGCAAGGCAAAGCUCUCGUGUCGGAGGAGGGAGAAGGAAAGAACCCCGUAGACUACAUCCAGGGUUUGCUGGAUUUGAAGUCCCGUUUCGACCGUUUCCUUCAGGAAUCUUUUAAUAACGAUCGGCUCUUCAAACAAACCAUUGCUGGCGACUUUGAGUACUUCCUUAACCUCAACUCGCGCUCACCUGAGUACCUCUCGCUCUUUAUUGAUGACAAGCUGAAGAAAGGAGUAAAAGGGCUGACGGAGCAGGAGGUGGAGUCUAUACUGGACAAGGCCAUGGUGCUUUUCCGCUUCAUGCAGGAGAAGGAUGUGUUUGAGAGGUAUUACAAGCAGCACCUCGCUCGCAGGCUGCUCACCAACAAGAGCGUCUCUGAUGACUCGGAGAAAAACAUGAUCUCAAAGCUUAAGACCGAGUGCGGCUGUCAGUUCACAUCGAAACUGGAAGGCAUGUUCCGGGAUAUGAGCAUCUCCAACACCACCAUGGAUGAAUUUAGACAACAUCUACAGACAACUGGGGUGUCACUUGGAGGAGUCGAUCUCACUGUGAGAGUCUUGACCACAGGUUACUGGCCUACACAAUCAGCAACACCCAAGUGCAACAUCCCUCCUUCACCGCGACAUGCAUUUGAAGUCUUUAGAAGGUUUUAUCUUGGUAAGCACAGCGGCAGACAACUCACACUGCAGCAUCAUAUGGGCUCUGCAGAUCUAAACGCCACCUUCUACGGUCCCAUCAAAAAGGAGGACGGGUCAGAGGUCGGAGUGGGAGGCGCCCAGGUGACAGGCUCCAAUACCAGGAAGCACAUCUUGCAGGUCUCCACCUUCCAGAUGACCAUCCUCAUGCUUUUCAACAACAGAGAGAAGUCUGUCUUUGAGGAGAUUCAGCAAGAGACCGAUAUCCCAGAGAGGGAGCUGGUGCGAGCGCUUCAGUCGUUGGCCUGUGGGAAGCCCACUCAGAGAGUUCUCACCAAAGAGCCAAAGUCCAAGGAGAUUGAGAACGGCCACGUGUUUACAGUCAAUGACCAGUUUACCUCCAAACUGCACCGUGUCAAGAUCCAGACAGUGGCUGCCAAACAGGGGGAGUCAGACCCAGAGCGGAAGGAGACACGACAGAAAGUGGAUGACGACAGAAAGCAUGAGAUCGAAGCUGCCAUAGUUCGCAUCAUGAAGUCCAGAAAGAAGAUGCAGCACAACAUCUUAGUAGCAGAGGUCACGCAGCAGUUGCGAGCACGAUUCCUCCCUAGUCCCGUAGUCAUCAAGAAGCGCAUUGAAGGACUCAUUGAGAGGGAAUAUUUGGCACGAACACCAGAGGACCGCAAAGUGUACACUUACGUAGCGUAAAACCAAUUAAUUCAGUGACGGCAAACAUCGAGUUGAGAUAAACUGCGAGCCUUGUUUUCUGUGGACUGCUAUGCGUUUUUGAAAGAACUUGGAAGUGCUUUCAUCAUUGAUUCUGGGAAACACUGGGAAGCUUAACUUUUCUUCCAUUAAAUUGUGUAAAAAAAAAUUUAAAAAAAUCAUGCAAAAAGAUGAGGAAGUUUUCUAGCAAUAUUAGAUUUCUUCUGCUAAGAGAAAAGAAAGGAGGGGGAUCUAGUUUUGUACAAAAUCAUUGUUUCUUGUGGCCUUUGGAGAGAAUUGCGUGAGCCUGUUUGCCAAUUAGCCACGUGCUGAUCUCAACAGAGGAUCCAGAACGAGCGUAAAAAUGUUACUGAGCAAACAUGCGGCUACAUGGAGACCAAGAAAACAUUUGAAUUCACUCCCCUGUUUUAAAUGUUGAUGUCAAUGUGUUAUGUUUGUGUUUCGUGGCACAAUGAUGGCUGUACAGGUUGACAGACACUCUUGGCCUUUUUUUUCUUCUUUUUUUUCAAAAAGGAUUUUAAAUUUAAAGAAGAGGACAAAGUGUUAACUGGUACAGACCUGGUUUACAAUGGCAGUAAAAUACAUUUUGAGUACUUGAGAAAAACAUGAAGAGUGCUUAAUUUAUGUUGCAAAUAUGUCUGUUUUCUGAGGUUGUUAGUGCACCUCGCAUAGCUGAAGUAUUUAAUGCCAUUGUCAGUUACAAUAUUUUGGGCCAGGUCUGUACUGGUGGUUAGAGAGAUCAAGAGCUGUAGCUUCACAGCAUGCUUUUAUCUAACGGAUCAAUCAGGGGUAUAAAGGCGCACAUAAACGCUCCAUAGAUGGUCUUCGGGUCUAUCAUGACACAUUUUUCACUUCAGGCCUGCUGUAUGAUCGGCUGAAAAAAGUAUCUCCUCUCUUUGAAUGGAAGGGUCCCUUGUGGUGCAAAGUUUCAAAGAGGAUUUGUUUUUUUUUUGUUGUUUUUUUUCUCUUUUUUUUCAUUCUUGACUGCAUUUUGAAUGGGUGGAACCAGUCUAGCACCAUGUCCUAUGUGUACAAAUUGUAAAAUAAUUAUUGUACUCACUGCGAAGGUGGAUUGUACAGGGCCUUGUUUUCAUCAUAUUAAAUGUAGAAUUGAAAAAAAGAAAAGUGAACGGAUGCGUUUUUUUCUUUUUUACAUCUUUCAUGAGAAGGCCUCGUCAGAAAUACUUGCCUCUCUAACCAUAAUUAAAGCUUAAUGUAAAUGGUGAGCCGCAGUCAAAAUCCCUGCAUUCACAAGAGGAAAUCCGCGGGCCUCUGAAGUACUCUGUUUACUGUGGUAUUUUGAGAUUUUAAGUGCAACUUUUAUUCUUUUUUGUUUAAAUCGUCAUCGGAAAAUACACUCCGCUGCGGGUUUAUUAGGUCC